AUGGCCGCGACGCUGAGGUUGCCGGUGGUGUUGGGUUCGUCUUCCAAGUGGCGGCGGGCGGUGGUGGAGGAGGGUCUGGGCCUCGCCAUAGCCCGCACCGUGAGCCCAGACAUCGACGAAAAGGCCAUACGCCACCCGGACCCCUCCGAGCUCGUCCGCCUCCUUGCCGACGCCAAGGCCGAUGCCGUCCUUCCUCAAGUACCGGAGGAGGCGCUGGUGAUCACGUCGGACCAGGUGAUCGUCUGCGAGGGGCAGGUGCGAGAGAAGCCCGAAGACGAGGCCCAGUGCCGCGAGUUCCUGCGCAGCUACGCGAGCCACCCGGCCGAGGCCAUCGUCGGCGUCGCCGUCACCAACACCAAAACCGGCAAGCGGGUCAGCGGUGUGGCCAAAGCCGUGCAGCACUUCAAGCCGCUCCCGGAGGAGGCCAUGGACGCCCUCAUCCGCCAGGGCGACGUGCUGUGGUGCGCCGGCGGCUUCGCCAUCGAACUCAUGGCGGACUACCUGGGGCCGCUGGAGGGCGAGAGGGAAACCAUCAUCGGCCUCCCCAAGACGCUCACCAUGGACCUGCUGCUCCAGGCCGACGCCGACAACUGA